UCUUUUAAAAAGAUGAACUCGUUUUUCCAACGGAAAAAAAAAGAAACUUGUCCUUUUGUCCCAACAGGAUAAGUGACUCAUCGAGUUAUUAGUGCCAAUCAAUCAGAGGAGUUACAACGAUCGAUAACUUGUAAGAAACUCAACCACAAACGGACCGAAUGGAACAAUUGCCCUUUCAUACGUUUUCCAUCCGAUAGAUGGCUCGAGUUUUGGAAAAAAUUUUUUUUUUUUUAAACUCACUUGUUGUUAAUCAGUUUCUUUCUUUAUCUUUGUCUCUCUUUCUCCUUUCGGUGGUUUAUUUGUCUUUUUGUCAUCCAUCGACACUAUCAUCAUCUCUCACCUCAUAAUUUUCUCUUCUUCUUUGUUCCAAACUUCCAAAAAAAGAACCUCCAUUUUUAUUUUUCGCAUCAAAACAGUGAAGUGUUUUUCUUUUUUUUUCUAUUCUCUCUCUUCUCUCACUUUCCAUCAUUUUUAUUUAGUAUAAAGAACUGCCCAAAGUGCCUUUUAAUCGCCAUUUUCCUCCAAUCCCUAAUUCCAAGUCAAACUAGUUUUCUUUUAAUUCCUAUUAUUCAUUUCCUACCCUGACAAUUUAUUUUCUAUCUUCCUGAAACUCUGUUCUCUAUCUUUCUCUCAGUUUGUUUUUUAUUCUUUUCUCUAGUGGACAAUUUUUUACCUUGGUUUUAUUUUCUUUUACUUUCUUUCUCUCUCUCUCUCUCUCUUCCUUUCUCUCUUUCUCUCUCUCUAUCCCUUAUCCAUCUUUUCCUCUGUAACUGUUCCUUCUUAUCAUCCAUCUUCUUCUUCUUAUUCUUCCACGGUGCCUUGUGUGUUGAUCUCGUGACCUGUGCCAAGUGUUCAAAGAGAGGGUAUAGGUAGACUAAACCUUAGACUCUCAACCGACCAUUAAACAUGGAUUCUUAUAUGGAAUUGAUUAUGUCCAAUUUAAAUCGACUAAUCCCUCUGAUUAAUGGUAACUUUAUCUCAGAUCUCAUUGCAUAUCGAGAAGUUUUAACCCAAGAAGAUUGGGAUAUAAUCUAUUCAAAAGAUGACAAUGAUGCUAAAACGGAAAGUCUUCUACUAGCCAUUGGACGCAGUGGACCUGAUGCUAUGUAUGCCUUGAAAGAUAUUCUUGCUCAGACAGAAAAUUUUCGAGCCAUUGAGAUUUUAAAUUCGGGUAGAACUCAAAUUCAAGAAAAUAAUAAUAAUAAUAAUAUUAAUCCUAACCGUGGUAAUUGUUGCUCCGAUGCAGGUCCACCAAGUAGCUCCACUUUACCGCGAGCAACGUCAAGUCGUUUCAUUCCUGGUCGGGAAGGUGUUCGUUCAUCACAUACUCGAUCUUAUUCCUCUUGCGAUGAUAGUGACCAUGGAUUUAGUAAUGGUAACCUAACCGGUGAACAUUUUCUUGAAGGUAAAAUUUAUCAAUCACCCACUGGAACAGUUUCCAUUAAACCUGAACAUCAAUUUCUGGUUAAAACUGAGGGUAAACUUAAAGAAGGUCCUGACAUUUAUCCAUGUAAAUCUGAUCCUCGAGGAUUUUGCAUAAUUAUCAAUAAUGUCGAUUUUGAGGUGUUUGAUCAGCGAGCUUCAGCUGAGGAAGAUGGAGCCUUCCUUGCAUCGAUCUUUAAACAAUUAGGCUACCAAUUGAACUAUUUCAAGAACUUGAGUGCUGGUGAUAUUGAAGCGGUUUUCCAAAAAUAUUCCAAAAUGGAUUCAUUAAAGGAUCAUGAUGCUCUAGUUUGUAUCAUCAUGUCCCAUGGACUUAAAUGUGAUCUCAUAGUUGGUUCCGAUGGUCUCUAUGUCCGCCUUGAGACCCUCCUCUCCUAUUUCAACAACUUUAACUGUCCACUCUUGAUGAACAAACCUAAACUCUUCUUUAUCCAAGCAUGUAGAGGAGAUGAAUACGAUUUUGGUAUAAUGGACGCUACUACGACCGCCGAUGCUGGUCCAGUUCCUGGUCCAGUUAUUUUUACCAAAAAAACUGAUCCCGAUCGUAUACCCACUUGGAGUGAUAUGUGUAUAGUUCAGUCAACGAUUCAAGGUUAUGUUGCCUUGAGAAGUGUUCAAUCUGGAUCAUGGUUUGCUGAGGCUUUAGGAUGGGCAUUGAUUGACCAUGCAUGGGAAAAGAGUUUGCAUGAGAUAUUGAUGGUGGUAAGCUCAAAACUUAGCAAAAGAGAAGGUAAAAAGAGUGUUAAACAAGCGAUUGAAGUUAUUUGGAGAGGUUGGAAUAAAAGUCUAUACUUUAAUCCUGGAAUCUACAAUAGUAAUCAUGAUAAUCCUGUUAAAUCAACUAAUCCAACAAAUCCACCAAAUUGAUUUGAAUUGCGAAUCAAACUUUCUGACGAUCUCUCUUUUCAAUAUCAAUGAUUAAUCAUUUUGUUACCAUUACAAAAGUCCAUUGUCUGUGCAUAUACAUCAAGAAAAAAAAACAACCAUAAUCCUGAACAUAAUCACUGUUAAUCUUAAACACUUCCAAUCAAAUGGUUUAUUUUUUUCAUCUUGAUUAUCAUCAUCACCAUUGCUGCCGAUUUCAUCAUCAAUAAUCACAAUCAAUUUCCGAUCAAAGUCCCCACACCUAUUUGAUAUUGACACAUAUUUAUUACGACAACAGGAAUCGAUUUUUUUUUCUAAUGUAAACAAAAAGGAGCCAUUUUUUGUUUCAAUCAUUUUUUUUUACUAAUAAAGUUUUGAUUUAAAAAAUAA